CGAUUCACAGACUUCUUCCCGUGUCAUCCUCACAGCUGAUACGCUUAGGGAUAGCACACCAUGGCGAGAAAAUCCAAGGACCCGAGAAAGCCGUCUCAGGCCUACCUGGCCGCCACGGGCCAGCUGAAACCUGUUACCACCGAGACCGACGCAUCACCAGCGACUCCCGUUAAGACACAGCCAACCACACCCUCUUCCUCAUCAACAAAACCUGCUGCUGGCGCAAAAUCUACACCAGUAAAGAAGGCUGUUAUUGCUCCAACGACGAAAUCGAAAUCGAAAUCGACCGAGAAUGAGGACGUCUUGAGAAGGGAGAUCAAGGCUUUGGGCGGGGACGAUCAGGAUUGGGAGAUGCUCAAAGAUCUCAGCGAUAGCGAGGGAGAAGAGCCCCAGGUCGAGGUCGAGAAAACCAAGAAGAGUGCCAAGGACAAGACGUCAGGAUCGUCUACACUGGAAAAAUCGCUGAAGAACGAGUUGACGGCGUUCAUGGAAGGACUAGACUUUGCAGCGGUCGCGCCUGGGGAUCAUGCCGUGGAUGACGAAGACGAGGAGGAGGAAGAGGUCGAGGAUGAGGAAGAGGAAGAGGAAGCCUCUACGGAGAGCGAGGAGGUUUCAAGCGAGAGUGCGGAGGAGGAUGAAGAAGAGGAGGAAGAGAGCAGCGAGGAAGACGAAGGAGAGGAAGAGGAAGAGGAAGACGAAAAGCAUGUUUCCGAUGUCAAGCCCAAGACGGUGAAAGAAGAGCCCGUCAAGCCCCAGGAAGAGAUUGCCGGAUUCGUCAAGAAGUCUGGUUUGGCUAAUACCGAGUAUGCUGGAAUCAACAACAUCCCGUAUACCCCCCUCUGGACGCAAAUUCCUACGGCGGAACUACCUGAGCCUGCCGUCCCUCUCGAACCCCUCGCACAAUUCCGACUCGCCGCCCUUCAAUCCCGAGCUAACGCUCUCCUCACUCAAUUUCGAGAAGGAACCUUUCCCGAUUCGGGCAACGGUCGAUCAAAGAACAACAUGAAGAAGAAAGAGGUCGCCCUCGGGAAGACCUCGUCCGACGCGGCAUUCUUGAAACAGAUCUUGGCCGAUGGUACCCAUCAGGACAAGUUGUCGGCGUUGAUCCUCUUGGUCAGGGAGAGUCCCCUGCACAGGAUCGAUGAGCUCGAGCGAUUGAGGGUCAUGGCGGGUGCUUCAGGUGAAGGUGGGAUCAAGGGAGGUGGGGGUCGAGAAGAGAGGAUGAGUGUGAUGAGAGCUUUGGGGGAUUGGUGGGUCUCGGGGGGAGGCAAGGAAGCUGGGAAACUCAGGUACCUCGCCGACCAACCGCUCUUGCCUCAUCCGGCUUUGACCGAUCGGCAUCUUCUCCUCUUUGCCUUUGAAGAUUGGCUGAAGAAAUGGUUCUUUUCGAUCUUGCAAAUCCUCGAGGUGUAUAUGCACGAUACGGUGGCGUUCGUCAAGCUGCAAGCGCUUGCUAUCGUUUUCAAGCUGUUGGCUGGCAACGCGGAGCAGGAACAGAACUUGUUAAGGUUGGGAGUGAACAAGCUCGGUGAUACGGACAAAUCGGUCGCGUCCAAGGCCUCGCACCUGAUCUUGACCUUGCUUCAAUCGCACCCAGCCAUGAAGGCAGUAGUCAUCCGAGAAGUUGCUGCCCUGGUCCUCAAGCCUCCUGCGCCUCCUCCAGUAUCCGCUUCCAAGCAUACCAAGUUUGACAAGAAGGACGCCAAGAAGACGGUCGACCCCCACAAGGCCGCCGCUGAGCACGCCAGGUAUUACGGGAUCAUCACUCUCAACCAGAUGACUCUGAGUGGGAAGGAACGAGACGUGGCCGCCCGUCUUGUCGAGGUCUACUUUGAGGUCUUCCGAGAGCUACUUGGUAGUAACAGCACCCUCGAUAGCGAAGCCAAGGAGGAGGGCGCGGACAUAACGCAGAAGGUUGCGGGCAAAGUACACAAUUGGCAAGGGCGAAAGAAGGGAACGAGGAACGGCAAGAAGCGUGAUGAAAAGAAGAAGGAAGGAGAGGUUGAGAUGGGGGAUGCCAAAUUGGUAGCAGCGGUCUUGACCGGUGUGACUCGAGCUUUACCGUAUGCUCGACUGGAGGACGAGGUUUUCGAAAAGCAUGCUGAGAUGCUGUUCAAGAUUACGCAUACGGGAACUUUCAACAUCUCGAUCCGAGCUCUGACCCUGAUCUACCAGAUCUCUUCGCAGAAAGAGACUACCUCCGACCGCUUUUACCGAACCCUCUACGAGUCGUUGUUGGAUCCCCGACUGACAGAGUCGAACAAGCAACCCAUGUACCUCAACCUCCUCUUCAAGGCGCUUCGAGCUGAUACCAAUAUCGGACGGGUGAUGGCUUUCGUCAAGAGGUUACUGCAGGUGAUGAUGGGUCAUCAGCCCCCCUUCAUCUGCGGGGCUUUGUAUCUUUUGGGGGAGCUGUUCAGCACGACUUCUGGCCUGUCUACUCUCCUCAACGAAGCGGAGGACAGCGGAGUCGAGCACUUUGAAGAUGUUCCCGAGGAUGGGGAAGACAAGACGCAGAGGCCAAAUGCUGUUGUUGAUGACAAGCCUCUCAACGAAUACGAUGGCCGAAAGCGCGAUCCUCUGUUUGCCAACGCCAAAUCGAGCUGCUUGUGGGAAUUGAUGCCUUUCACAAGACAUUUCCACCCCUCAGUAUCACUUCAGGCAAAUCAGCUUCUCGAUCUUCGAUUGCCGCUGUCGGGUUCCGCAGACAUCGAGCAGAACACCCUCGUGGCGUUCCUGGACCGAUUUGCCUACCGAAACCCCAAGAAGACAGUAGCGGCUAGAGGAGCAAGUAUCAUGCAACCUGCUGCCGUCGGACGAUCUGGCGCAACUAGCGUCAUCAAAGGAAAGGGAAGCAGAGUCGCUCAGGCGGAUGGUUACGUCAACGACGAGAAGUUCUGGAAUAAGAAGGUCGAAGACGUGCCUGCAGAUCAGCUCUUCUUCCACAAGUUCUUCUCGAUCAAGCACGAUCGUCAACGACAGAUGGAGUCGGCCAAGACCAAGCGAAACAAGAAGGGAGAAUCUGAAUUCGGCGGCUCGGUCAAGGGUGAACCAACAGGCGAUGAGAGCGAGGAGUCCGACGCAGAAGAAGCUGAAGUGUGGAAGGCUAUGCAAGCAUCCAUGCCGCAGACUCAGGAUGACAUGCACCUCAUGGAGGACAGUGAUGACGAUGAUGUCGAGUACAGCGAUGAUGACGACGAGGACGAGGACCAGUCGGAGAGGGAUGAGGACGACGUCGAGAUGGACGCAGCCGACUCCGAGGAGGAAGCAGAUGGUGCAGAAGAUUCGGAAGACGAUUCGGACGAUGAUGCCGACUUCCCCAUCGAUGAAGACUCUGACGACCUUCUGGACCUCGACGACAUGCCAAAUAUCCCUCUCACAUCCGCCUUCUCUGCUUCCGAGUCUGAGGAUGAGGAGCUUGACACGGGAAACAAGCGAAAACGAGGCAAAGACGAGAAGAAGGAACGCAAGAAGAAGAGAAAGCUUCCAACUCUUGCCAGCGCAGAGGACUAUGCGGCGCUUAUCAACGACGGUCCCGAGGAAGAUUUGUAGCUGGAGCUGUACAUGUGUAUCACUUUGUAUCCUUUCGAACAUUUACACGAUCGGAAACCCC